AUGAAAUUCGAAACAGAAGAGCAGCUCCAGCUGUCGAGAAAGCCUGAGAACAGGCCAGAGGAGAAUAUCCAAAGAACAGACGCUACGAAAAAACCUAUCACAUGCCAUGUUCGCCCAUCAGCCAUUAACGGUGUUACUGUAAAAAGUGAAGGCACCACACUCUUCUUUGUCAAUUCAUCGGCGAUACAUGACUCUUGUAACAAACCAGGGAAUCCAGGGGCUCUGAUAUGUGCAUGUCUGGUAUGCGUAGGAAUUUCAAGAACACGCGAAGAUGAUCUUGGCUCAGCCUUAAAAAGAAUGUUCACUACAAGUGGACUUGAGAUAGAAUGCCAGUCAUGUUUACCACAUGGGUCAGGGCUCGGAACGUCUUCGAUUUUGGCUGCUGCAAUAAUCAAGGCUCUGUGGUCAAGCAGCUCUAUACCCCAUACAGAAAAGAACAUAUGUCACGCAGUGCUAAUGGUCGAGCAGCUGUUGACAACUGGAGGUGGGUGGCAAGACCAAGUUGGAUGUCUAUAUCCAGGGGUGAAGAAAGGCUUCGUAUCUGAAGACGACAUGAGCGUUGAUGCGGAAGCCAUCUCUAUCAGUAAGGAAUUCGAGAUGGAGAUUAACAAACGCAUGGUGUUGAUCUACACUGGAAAGACGAGGCUAGCAAAAAAUCUUCUUCAGGAAGUGAUUCGUGGAUGGUACUCGGGAGGUCCAAUCCGAGAAGUCAUCAAAACCUUAGAGGACAAUAUUGAUCAAUUUGUCGCUGCAUUAACUGAAGGAAGAAUGCCUCAUGAUCUCAUUGAAGUCUAUUACAAUGCUAAGAAGACUUUAGCUACAGGAUGUGAGCCCGACAUCGUUAGCUCGCUUAUUUCUUCAUUGAAGAGCAAUAAUCUGGUUGAAACUGCAUGGUUGGCUGGAGCAGGAGGUGGAGGGUUUCUUUACGUUUGGAUGAAGCCUAACAUCAGCAGCGACAAAAUUCGAAGUCACGUGGCAAAGUAUGGAACUGCUGAAGUAACGGUCCAUACAAUAACCAUAGACAAUUCGCCAAUCAAAUGUUAUUCUCGCUGAUAUAGGAAUCCACAAUUAUUAUCUAUCAUUGUUCACUCCGAAAGCUGUGAUAUUGUCGUGCAUUCCAUCGUUAUUGAACUUGCUAAAUCGCCAGUGCCUUGAUUUUGUCUUUCUGUGUUAACACUGAGUAAAUAAACUUUCUAAC